GAUAAGAGGUAAGGUUAUGUUUCCCAUCCCAUUACCGCAACCAUUAUCAUUAUUACCGACUUGAUACGCCCUUAUCAGUUAUCAGCGUGAUCGAUGUAAUCCGUCGUGAAAGUAUUUGAAUGCAGCGUUAGCUUACGCAGUUGCUCUCUUGUCUCCACCUCAACUUCCUCAACAUGGCGACAACAGAAGGGUCACGGUUUCAAAAUCCCAUCGCUUUCAAUUAUGAAGGACGCGAAUUAAUUGACCUGGUACAGAAAACCAAGGAUUGGGCCUUAAUGCAUGGAGCUGGAAUGCGUUCAAAAAACAAUUACUCAGAUGAUGCUCUUCAAUUUGCACCUUUUACAUUGUUACCCUCUGUUUUCCCGAGGAACGAAUUUCACCAGGUGGUACAAAUGCAAACCGUUUUCAAUGAGUUAAUCCAUAAAGUUGCUCACAAUAGACAGUUUUUAACAGAUACCUUGAAAAAUACAAUUGAAGCUGAUGAGUUCACUAGAAAUCUAUUCAAAAUAUAUGAAACAGUUUCAAAUGAAGGCAUCACGCAGCGCUCAAGUUUAGGUAUCCUCCGGUCAGAUUAUAUGCUGCAGAAUAGCGAAUACCCUUACACACCGUUCCUUUGCCAGAAGCAAGUUGAGAUCAACACAAUAGCCUCUGGGUUUGGAUGGUUGGGCCCCGUUUCUGCGCAUAUCCACAGGUUUGUGCUGCAAGAGAUAGGACAAACUCAAAAUAUAAAUCAGCUACCUGAAAAUAAUGCCUUAACCGCUCUCUGCCAGGGCAUGGUUGAUGCCUGGAAACUGUACGGUAAAAAAGAUGCUGUGAUUUUAUUCAUUGUCGAAGAUAUGACUUACAAUAUUUGUGAUCAUCGGUUUCACGAGUUUGAAAUCCAGGAGCUAGAACCCGCAGCAAAGGUGGUCAGGAGGAAUCUAACGGAAAUAGGAAAACAUGCCAGUUUAGGGAAAAAGAAAGAGCUUUUAAUCGAUGGUAUGGAAGUUGCUUUAGCUUACUAUCGUUCUGGCUAUGCUCCCGUUCAAUAUCCCAGCCAACUGGAAUGGGAUGCGCGUCUACUAAUUGAAAGGUCUUUAGCAAUCAAGUGUCCAAGUAUUCAAUAUCAUCUAGCUGGCACCAAAAAAGUACAGCAAGUUCUUGCAAGUCCAAAUGUUUUAGAGAGACUGUUGAAAGAUGAGGACACUAUCAAAUCUAUCAGGAAAAUCUUUACUGGACUUUAUUCUUUGGAUCUCGAUGCUGAAGGAGAUGCAGCCGUCAAAAUGGGGAUUGAAGAGCCGGCAAAAUUUGUAUUAAAGCCACAAAGAGAGGGUGGAGGAAAUAAUGUCUACGGAGAAAAUAUUCGAAAGGUAUUGCAAGAUAUGCAGCACAGUGAAGAGCGAAAAGCUUGGAUUUUAAUGGAGCGAAUAUUUCCACCAGUCCAGAAAAACGUCUUAGUCCGCCCAGGUGAAAAAGAGCCUAUGUUUGCUGACAUCGUAUCUGAGCUGGGUAUUUUUGGUGUGAUCAUAGGGGAUGCUGAUCACAUCCAAGUAAACCGACAAGCAGGUCACAUGUUGCGAUCAAAAUUAAGUAACGCAGAUGAAGGUGGAGUUGCUGCAGGGUCCGGUGUAUUGGACAGCCCUCUCUUAGUCUGAUCCUCUUCAAUUUUCCAACUAAGUUUGUUCUAAAAGGUGCAGAUGCAUUUCUCCCUCUUGUAAGAUUUUGUGUAAUGCAUUCUGGGUAGGAUCAAUAUAUUUCAAAUUUUAACCUUUAGGUGAAUAAUUUUGGAAAAAUCGAAAUUUCAGUUGUAGAACAUAAAUCAUUGAAGCAUGUACAUCCAAAAAUCAUCCUCCAAAAUCUAAAAAAACAAAGUCAAAAGUACUUUUCCCAUUUAACCAUCGAUAUUGAUACAUUGUAAUCGGUUGCAAAAUGGGAACAGUACUUUUGACCUUAUGCUCAGAUUUUGGAGGAUGAUUUUUAUCCUGGUCAUCGCCUAAUGAUUAAUCUAUAGACUAAAAUUUUGAUGUUUCUAAAAUAAUCCACCUUAUGGUUAUAAUUUGAAAUAUGUCAAUCGUAACUAGAGUGUUUUGUGCAAAAGCUGAAGGCCCGUCUUAAUGAAUUCUACUGAAAGCUGUUCCUCGUAGAGUCUAAGUUCUGAACAUCAAAAGCACGUUGUCUUAAAAAAUAAACAAAACACAAAGACACCCAUUCGGUCGUUAGAUCUGGAGUAAACUAUGCAAACCCCUGUUUAUUGUUCGUUAUUCAACGACUACUCAUUUUAAUUGUUGAAUGGUCAUGGAGUUUUUCUGAAGCAAAAAAUGCUAAGACAGGCCAAUCACAUUUUUGACCGCAGCUAUGAUUCAUGAUGUUUGGUGGCUAAUAAAUGAACGUAAAUUUUAAUAGAAAAAUAAUGUGCAGGGAGUGUUCUGUCCAUUUUUAUUCUUGAAAAACAUCGUUUUGAAGAGUGUACAUGGGUUUGAAUGAUACGACAAGCCAUGUUUGGCUUUACUAUGUUGCAAGUAUUUUUCAACCAUUUCUAACCAUAGUUAAUCAUCAUUGUGCGAGUUGUGUGACUGACGCUUUAUGCUUGUUGAUACAUUUUACUAAGACUAUGUAUACUUUGCUGUUUGAAUGAUUGUUCAUCUGUGAUAAAUAUAAAAUUUAGGAACUCUAGGAGCUUCCUCAUAAAGUAGGAAUGGGUUUUUUUUAAAAUACCAAUUUUGGGAUAAAAAUCGAAACAAAUUGAAUUUAUUAUAGUAUAAAAGUUAAGACAAAUCGGUUGGAUUCAGUUAUGAAUAUGAAUUUUCCGCAAAAAUCAAAUAAUUUUAAGAUUUUAGUUUCAUUUUAGAAUUCUAUGGGCUGAGCAGUGCAGUUGCAAAGCUUUAUCAAUUAGAAGAAAAAAAUAUAUUUGACUAAAGAUUCAGAGUCCAAAAAUCUAUUCAAUUUAGUUAACUUCUAAUGUAAAGAAAUCAACUUCCGUGAGAAUCAAUUUGAAAUAGACAUGCCUCCUGUAAAAAUGCUGUCUGCAGUAAUUAUUUCAUGAUACAUUCUUAGUCAUAAUGUACAAUAGAAGUGACCGUCAAUUUUAAAAGUACAAAUAAAAUAGGAAAAAUGAUUUUAAAGCUUAACCUUUUAGAAUAGUGUUUUUUCAUUCAUGAUUUUAUUUUAUUUUGCGUGUGUAUCCAUCUCUUUGCAUUUCUGAAGUCCCUCUUACUUGAUGAAGAGGAUUUUCAAUUCCUAAAGACUGAGGAAUCAAUCUUUGUAAUGAUGUAACGUCUUAUCAACACCUGAGAGCUAUUUUCUACCUUUCAUCCCACAAUGUUUCUUCAUCAUUUUAUCUACAGCCUAAGCACAGUUAUCUCUUCCACAAUGGAGAAGAAAACCUAUCAUUAACAUGGUCUAAAGUAGAUCCAGCUUCCUUUUCAGCUCAUGGUUUUCGAAUUUUACUAAAAAUUAGCAUACCUAGUUUCCACGAGACUCAGCAAAAAAUAUGCUGAUUUUUCAAUACAAUUUGGCAACCGUGAUUUAACAUGAGGCUCAUUCUGAUCCGUUUAUGCUUAAGUCAUGCUUGACGCAAUUAAGUGUCUUAACAUGGAGAUCUCGGAAAUCCGACGGAGAAAGGAUUUUAGAUUUUGGUUCAUCAAGGUGAUGUAGCGAUUGGCUGAAAAUCAACAUACUCUGUCAGUUCGUGGAUCGCACACGGCAAAAUGUUGCUUUUACUUUUAAGAAAAAUUCUGUUCAUCGUUGAUCUUAAGAAUAAAAAAUUUCUUUUUCUAAUGUU